GGAGGGAGGAAUAAGAGGACGACAGCGAAGAGAUCAAACCACUUUGCUGGCGCUGACAACUAUGAAAAUGGUUAUCACCAAACGAAAAAAAUAUAACUACCUUUGUGCAAUGACGCGAAAGUUUAGACCAAUAUUGAAUGAUGAGCGAACAACAAAUGUUGAGGAGAAUAAGAGAGCUCGCGGCCUUUUUAUUGCAAAUACAGAAG